UUUCACACGAUCGGCGUUUCUUGCUAGAGACAGCGGUCAUGAUUUGUUGCCCAUCUUUGUAACAAGACGGUUAACAGCUGCGGAUCAUUUUUUGUGCUACCUACAGACAUUUAAGAAUUUAUUUUUGGGACCUUUUUCUUUGUCGAAUGGAUCAAAAUCGAUCCUCCGUUUCGAAUAUUCCAUCUGCUUCCAUCUCAAAAUCGAGUCGACCGUCCAAGAAAUGCAACGAGUAAGACCAUUAGGUUACUGUGGUGCGGUAUCUGCGUAGCAUACUCAGGCGGUUGUUAGGUGUCGUCGUCGUCAUGUCAAGUGUGAUGAGAAGCGACCUACUUGCGGUAAUUGUGUGAGGAGUCAAAGCGAAUGUAGUUAUUCCCAUCACAGUAUACGCUACGAUCAUGUUUCCAGUCGACAGAAACGGGAUGAUAUGUAUACUGAGAUUCAGGAUAUAUCGCAUUGUAUAGAGCAGCUGCUUUUCGAUACGCAAACAAUGCCCAUAUUUGAUGAUGUGGCAAGAUUGAGCCAGAGCUAUGGAUGGGAAGUAACACUUUUGCCUGGUGGUCACAAGCGCAUUAUUACCGAUAUGGAAACGACAUCUGGACUCGCAACCGUCAUACCGAAUUCAGUGCAGGAUAUUUAUCAGGAUACAUGCGCUGAUCAUCUCCCACCGACCAAAUCCAACACCUCAUCACUGCCAUUAAAGCAGUGCCUUCCUCUCAACUAUUACGUCCCGGACAUUCUACGGUCUUGUGUUCUUAGUGAACAAAACGAUUCAUGUCCAUGUCUUUUCACCGUGAUUAUGUCCCCACAAAUACUUCAAUCCUUUACCAACCAUCCGCAGUUUGGCGCCUUGUACGCAUCGACAUCCUCUUGCGCUCACUAUCCUCAAGGCCUCUUCACAAGCCCACCGCCAAACGAAUUUUGUAUGAAACAUUACAGCUCCAGAUUUACGGAUUACAGUUUCUCAAGUUUAUACUGCAGUCUUUUGAGAACGGUGAGGCUGAUCGACACAAACCAGUUGAACCAGGCGUAUGUGGGCAUUGGUGUGACGAUAAGCAAGGCACUUUCACUCGGAUUACAUAAAAGUGCCACAUACCAGCAUCAUGUACAUAAAGCAGAAUGCGAGAUCGAAAGGCGACUCUUCUGGGCCAUAUGGUUACUCGACACGCAAAUGCCGCUUUUACAACAAAGACGGACCUCCUUUCGGCUAAAGGACAUUAGUGUGGAAAAGCCAUCCGUAUGUGAUGGUAUGGCCAUCCAAGACGUCCAUCACACCUAUUGCUUGAGCAGCCUGAUUGAAACACGAUGGCUUCGGGAGCAAAUCCAGGAGAAACUGAAUACAGGCGAUUUGACAAAGAAAACAGAGACGUUGAACCAAAUCACGGACGCUAUGCGCCAACUAAGAAGAUUUUACGAUGCAUUGGAUGACCAAGUCAAAAUACAUACGUUGUGGCAUAGAAAGUCUACAGAAUGGUAUCAUCGAUAUCAAUGUAUCGUGUUAUUGGAGCAUGCAUUCAACUGGAUGCUGUUAUUUGAUCAUUUUUUGCCCGCGAGGCACGAAACCGGGCUUGCUUUUCCGUAUAAUCUGGCUCUUCAAUUUUGCCGUCAAGCGGCUGAUCUGAUAACACUUGUGUUUGAACGUUGGAUUUUCACGCAGUAUGACUGUCAAAGCCGAAUGUUUCUCAGUCAUUUGGGAAAUGCCAUACAAAUGCAUCGAUACAUACUCCAGUGCCGUGGCGCAAGUGUCACUCACUGCCGAAAAGCUUACGCUUCACUGCGGUUCCUCCAUACCCUGAUCAAGAGCACCGACUUGUGCACGUUUGUUCCUGCGCAAUCCAUGCUGCAACUUGUAUCCGACCUUUUAUCAAAAGAAGAAUGGCAAUGUAACAGUAAUGAGGGCAUGGAAACUGACUCGAUAUUGAGGAGAUAUUAUUCUGGUUGGAAACCAUCGGACGAUCCAUUACCCAAAGACGAAAAUGGGUUGCAUAUGCUAGAUUCUGAAGCUACCACAUUACGUACAAUUUCUGACGCAUGGCUGGCCCCACGUUAGUUUCAUUUUGUAACACAAUCUUUCCAAACUACAAACCAUUUUUUUUUUUCACUUUGAACUGGAUUGCAUGAAUCUCCGAAAAAGGCUGUGACUAU